CAACACUGAAGAGGGAAUGUGUGUGGGGGCCCCAGGCGUCCAGGCGCAUGGACAGUCAGAUACUAUGGGCCAGGGGAGAGGUCGGCUGGCUCACAGCUUCAGGUCGGAAUAAAGGAUAUUCUCAACCGACUCAAAGGACCCAGUGAAGAUCUGAUCUCUAAGGCAAGCUGCUACCCUCCCAGUUCUUCCUGGGGAGCAUCAUGAGGUACCUCACUGCUCUGCCUCUGUUCUGGAUUAUGAUAGCAGCCUCAAGGGGUGGUCAGUGGGGGGCCUGGAUGCCCUCAUCCAUCUCAGCCUUCGAGAGGACUUGCGUCUCCAUCCCAUGCCGAUUUGAUUUUCCGGAUGAGCUGCGGCCUGCUGUGGUCCAUGGCGUCUGGUACUUCAACAGCCCCUACCCCAAGAACUACCCUCCAGUGGUCUUCAAAUCUCGGACCCACGUUGUCCACGAGAGCUUCCAGGGUCGAAGCCGGCUCCUUGGAGACCUGGGUCUCCGAAACUGCACCCUGCAGCUCACAAACCUCAGCCCUGAGCUCGGGGGCAAGUAUUACUUCCGAGCAGAUUUGGGAGGUUACAAUCAGUACACCUUCUCUGAGCACAGCACACUGGACAUCAUCAAUACCCCCAGUAUUGUGGUGCCCCCUGAAGUUGUGGCAGGCACAGAAGUGGAGAUCAGCUGCAUGGUGCCUGACAACUGCCCCGAGCUGCACCCGACACUGAGCUGGCUGGGCCAUGAGGGCCUGGGGGCUCCGGCUGUGCUGGGCAGAAUGAGGGAGGAUGGGGGGACCUGGGUGCAGGCAUCCCUGCUGCACUUUGUGCCCACUCGAGAGGCCAACGGGCACCGGCUUGGCUGCCAGGUCACCUUCCCCAACACCACCUUCCAAUAUGAGGGCUAUGCCAGCCUGGAUGUCAAAUACCCCCCUUUAAUUGUGGAGAUGAACACUUCUGUGGAGGCCAUUGAGGGGUCACAGGUGAGCUUGCUUUGUGGGGCAGACAGUAACCCAACGUCUCUGCUGACCUGGAUGAGGGAUGGAGCUGUGCUCAGGGAGGCCGUGGCCAGAAGCCUGGCCCUGGAGCUGGAGGACCUGACCCCUGAAGAGGACGGCAUCUAUGCCUGCUUGGCAGAGAAUGCGUAUGGACAGGACAACCACACCGUGGGACUCAGUGUCAUGUACGCUCCCUGGAAACCUUCGGUGAACGGGACAGUGGUAGCUGUGGAGGGUGAAGCCGUGUCCAUCCUCUGCUCCACGCAGAGCAACCCAGACCCCAUCCUCACCAUCUUCAAGGAGAAGCAGAUUCUGGCCACGGUCAUUUACGAGAGCCAGCUGCUGCUGGAGCUGCCAGCUGUUACCGCCGAGGAUGAUGGUGAAUACUGGUGUGUGGCUGAGAACCAGUAUGGCCAGAGGGCCAGCGUCUUCAACAUCUCGGUGGAGUUUGCCCCUGUGAUCCUCCUGGAGUCCCAUUGUGCGGCAGUGAGGGACAUGGUACAGUGCGUCUGUGCGGUCAAGUCUAACCCAGAGCCUGCCGUGGCCUUCGAGCUACCAUCCCGAAAUGUGACUGUGAAUGAGACAGAGCGGGAAUUCGUAUACUCUGAGCGCACCGGACUGGUGCUUACCAGCAUCCUCACCCUUCGGGGGCAGGUGCAAUCCCCACCGAGAGUCGUUUGCUCGGCUCGGAAUCUCUACGGCACCAAGACCCUCGAGCUGCCCUUCCAGGGAGCCAACCGACUGAUGUGGGCAAAAAUUGGGCCAGUGGGAGCAGUGGUCGCCUUUGCCAUCCUCAUCGCCAUCGUCUGUUACAUCACCCAGACGCGCAGGAAGAAGAAUAUGACUGCGAGCCCCAGCUUUGGAAGCGGGGAGAAUCCCCCUGUUCUGUUCAGCAGUGACUUCCGCAUUCCAGGGGUGCCUGAGAAAUCCGAGAGUGAGAGGCGCCUGGGCGCUGAGAGGAGGCUGCUGGGCCUUCGAGGGGAGCCCCCUGAGCUGGACCUGAGCUACUCCCAUGUGGACCUGGGGAAACGCCCCACCAAGGACAGCUACACCCUAACAGAGGAACUGGCUGAGUAUGCAGAGAUCAGGGUCAAGUGAGGGCUGGAGGGGCUGCCUGCCUCUUACCCUGCCCCCAGGACCCCCUCCCCCAGAAUCUUCCCCCACCGCAGCCAUGUGUGGUUUCUAGGGCUGGCUUCUAGCUCCCCUUCCUCUUAGGGCAAAGGGAGGGGAGCAGAGGGAGGAAGGGCACCCAGCGUUCUGGCCUCUCCCUCCCACCCCUACCCUUCUCCUAGUGCCUGGUUCUGCCCUCUCCCUCCCCACAUCAUGACUCCCCUCUAACCUCCAUCUACCUUGUUCAUCAGUCCAGAGGGGAGUUCCUGUCUCUGUUAUUUAUUGCAACCUCCCUUCUUCCUUUCUCCUAUGUGGCCCCAGGGUCUGUACAGA